GCGCGUUUGUUCGCCAGUUUCAUUUAAACGUUGAGAUCGUGCGGGUUGUAUUACUUUCCAUGAACAGAUAACGCCGCGCUCGUUUUUCUGACUAAAAUCCGUCGCUGUGAACCCUAAAUCAAACAUUAAAUUUUUCAGCUCAUGUUUCUUUCAUAGGAGUAAUUUUCACUGAAACGCGAAGCGGACGAUGUCUAUCAGGGAAGACAGAAUUAAACCGAGCAGCAGCAGUCCGCUAAAAUGCUGUCAAAGCAACGACUCGCUCACGUCGUUGUCCGCCGACGACGACGACGGGGUCGUUUGUGAGACGAAAAACGUUUUCGUGACGACGCCUGAAAACAACAACAAUCGUUUCCUUCAAGCGCAGAUGAAGAACCAGCACCAUUUCCCGAAGAAGCAGGCUGUGGACCUGAAGUUCGAGAAUAUCACGUUUACGUCUUGGAGUUGGUCCAUCACGAAAUUCAAGAGAGAAGUUAAAAAGAUUCUUCAUGGCGUGUCUGGGCAGUUUAAAUCUGGCGAAUUAUCGGUCAUCAUGGGACCAUCCGGGGCAGGAAAAAGUACCUUACUUAACGUACUCGCUGGUUUCGUAACUAGAGGAAGCACCGGUAUCGUGAAGCUCAACGAUACCGUGAGAGAUGGAAAUCCGCGUUACAGGAAAUUAUCCGCCUAUAUACCACAAGACGAGGAAUUGCGUUUGGCUUUGACAGCCAAGGAGGCUAUGACUUUUGCUGCUCACCUGAAACUAGGUUACGGAGUAUCUACGGAGUACAAAACGCAACAGGUUGUCGAGAUAUUGGAAUUAUUAGGUCUAGACCAAUGCCACCACACGCUGACGUCGAGGCUUUCGGGAGGCCAAAGGAAAAGGUUGGCUGUGGCUCUGGAGUUAAUCAGUAACCCUCCCAUAUUGUUUCUGGACGAACCCACGACUGGGUUGGAUAGUUCUUCGUGCACCCAGUGCAUCGCCUUAUUCAAAAGGUUGGCCACGGAGGGACGAACCGUCAUAGCGACCAUUCACCAGCCUUCGGCCUUAUUGUUCGAAAUGUUCGAUAAAUUGUACGCCCUAGCCGAUGGCAAAUGUAUAUACGACGGCACAACCAGCAACUUAGUCAAUUAUUUAGGAAAUUUGGAUCUUCGAUGUCCACCGUAUCAUAAUCCGGCUGACUACUUAAUAGAAGUGGCCAUUGGAGAACACGGGGCGGAUAUCUCACUGUUGGCCCACUCUGCGAGGGUAAAUCAGCAGAUGAGGGUGUGCGAAAUUGGCACCGCAAAAGAGAAAGAACAUUUAUUGGAAAGUUCAUCAGAAACCAAAGGUCUCACUUUACCUACUGAUGAAGCGACUCCAGUUCCUGCAGCCAUUAUAAUGCAAUUCCUUCUGCUCUACAAAAGGAAUUUGUUAACUACAAGAAGAUUCUACCUUAACACUCUCAAUAGGUUAUUGGCGCACGUCAUCAUCGGCUUCAUUUUCGGCUACUUAUACUGGGAUGUUGGUGUGGGCGCAAACACGAUUUUAGCUAACUAUGUUUAUAUCUAUGGUACUCUACUUCUUACAGUAUACACGGGGAUGAUGCCUGUAACACUAUCCUUCCCAAUGGAAAUGAGGAUUUUGACGAGGGAACAUUUUAAUAGAUGGUAUAAAUUGACGCCCUAUUUAUUGUCUGUGAUACUGGUUGAAAUUCCAUUUCAAGUGAUAUGUGUAUGGAUUUAUAUUGCGAUUUCGUAUUGCCUGACAAACCAGCCAUUAGACUUCAGGCUGUUCUUAUUCAUUUUAUUUUGUACAGCAGGGUCCCUCUGCGGUCAAUCUAUGGGAUAUUUCAUAGGAUCCACCACUCCUAUAAAGGUUGCAGUAUUUGUAGCCCCGGUCCUAGCCUGUUUCCUGUCCGUAUUUGGUUUCUGCAUACGUUACUAUGAUACCCCGCCGGCGUUCAGGUGGAUAUUUAAUUUGAGCUAUUAUCGGGCGGCGUUUCAGAGUCUCGUGUACACUUUGUACGGUUUAAACAGGACGGAACUGUACUGCUCAGACGAGGAGAUCUACUGCCACUACCAGGACCCCGUGAAGUUCCUGGGUGAGAUGGACAUGACCGACGUCGAUCUUGUAUCCAACAUCUCUCUGAUAGUCUGCACGUGGUGUUUACUGCACGCUGCGACUUACUUGACUUUGUGGAUUAAGUUGAACAAGCGUUGAGUGGACGUUACGUAAAACCGUCGAGAGAAUGGGUAUAUUUAUUUUCAGUAUCUUACACCAAAGAUAAUAGUUACAAUAGUGGAAAAAUGUGUGUUUAGAAUUGUGCAAGGCUGUUUUAAAAUUAGAACCAUUCACUUACGGAUACAACAGAGUUGAUUGCGGAACUUGAUUGAUGUAUUUAAUUAAUGUAGGUUAUGUAUUUUUUUUAACAAUUUGAUAUUUUAUAUUUGCAGGGAAACAAAUUUUUUUCUUCUAAAAAUAAAAAUUAUUGGACGAUUUUAUGACAUUAAAAGUUAUUAACUAGUAGUUUUUAUAAGUUUGUGAUUUACAAAUGCAUAAGAAAUUUAUUUUUAUAUAAUGUAUUUAUUAGGUAGUAUUUUAUAACGUAUUGCAUUGUACCAAUGUGUAGGGUGACUGCUCUGGUUUCCGCUCAUUUAAUGUUUUUUUUUUUGUUAUUUGUAAGCCGUAACAAGUUCAUCAUAAAUCCUUUGUCUUGGGCUCGACUUGCUGUGAAUCUGAUAUGGAUAUUCUGAAAUCGCUAAGUAUAAAUAUAAUUCUGUUUUUAUAACCUGAAAGAUUUUCGAACAAAAGCAUAAUUAUUAAAAAUUAAUUUUCUACA